UAAUUUAGACAACUGCAAUUUACAUUAAAUCUUUAUGCUAUACUAUACUUCAACAUUUACUUGCGUUGCUAUUUGUCACUAGUGGGCGCUGUACCGUAUUUGAUGACAUCACUUUGACAGUUGUUGUGUUUGUCAGUGCGAUUGACACAAAAAUUGAUUUCAUUGCAUAUUUGCAAAAAUUGUAUUAAAAAACCAGCGAUUUUGCUAUUUAUAAAAUAAACUUUAAUAUUAAAGAUUUUUUAAUUAUAAACAGCAGCAGUGCCGACCAUAAUGGCAGAUCCCAAAUUCGAAAAUUUGCCCGGAAUUGCUUAUGACCAACCGGACGUAUAUGAAACUCCCGACAAUCCGGAUGCAUCUACAUCUGACUAUUAUGAGGAGGAGCCUGAAAACGAGUCAAUCGAACGUCUGCAUAUAUCCCCAAGCGAUGCCUUUAAUCGUUUUCGUGGCGCGGCACUUGAGGGUAGCGUAGACUUUUCCGAUCGUAUUGGGCGUCGUCAAUGCAGGGGUUAUGAUGCGCGUUCUGGAGAGUUUGAAUUAGUUGGUACUGGUGAAAAAGAAACACCAGUACAGAAAUGCAGACGAUUGCAGUGUGAAAUGAAUGAAUUGAUGGAUGAAAUUGCUGCCUUGCAAGUAGACCGAAAAAUAGCUCAGGAGGAAAAAGAAUCUUAUGAUGCAGUAGCCACUAUAAUAUCAACAGCUAAAAGAGUAUUGGAUUCACUGCGUUUGGAACAAGUAUUGGGUAAAGAACAAGUACCGACGGCUGCUGAUAAAGAAGUAAAGUCACUCAUAGGGCAAGUAGAAGAGUAUAAAAAGUCGGGUGUACUUACUGCUAUACCACCACCUGGUAGCGACUUGGCAGCUUCAGCUCGCAUAGCUAAACUAGAACAUCGUUUGCAUCAACUGGAGCAGGCGGUUGGUGCACAACCAGAAAAACUAAGUAGACUUUCAACAACAACAAAUACCACAAAUGUUUUAGAAGCUGUACGUCAGUUGAGCACUAAAGCUGCACUCUUGCAGCCAGCACAACUCGAUGCUAUUGAAACUCGAUUGGGAACCUUAACUAGUAAGAUGGAUGCCAUUGCUGAAAAAUCAAGUGGCUCUACAGAAGAUGCAAAGCGUGAUCAGAAAGUCUGUGAAUUGUAUGAGAUUGCUAAACGCACGGAACCCGUCGCUGAGAUACUGCCAGACAUAAUUGAGCGAAUGCAAGCGUUAGAAGCUCUGCACAAAUAUGCAAUGAAUUUCGCAAAAAUUAUAGCCGAAAUCGAACAAAAGCAGACGAACAUCACCACCAGUUUAGUCAACAACAAGGAACUACUACAUUCGGUGCAGGAAACGUUUGCGCAAAAUCUUGAAACGAUUAAUAAAGAAGUGGCUAAAGUGGAUGAACGUGUUAAGGCAAUAGUUAAUAAAAAAUAAUUCUUAGGAAACAAUCACUUUUAGUGCAUUUGUGUUGGUACUGUGAAAAAUACUGAACGUAUAUUUAUUAUUUUAUUUUAUUUUAUUUUAGUGCAUAAUUACUCAACAAACUUGAAGUUUAUACUGCAAAAGACAUUGAAAAGAAAAAAUUACCUUAUCGAUUGCUUUAAAUCAAAAUAAAAUUAUGAAUUUUGC